AGCGGAUAUUACCCUGAAACUGGGGUCAGAAGUUCUCUCUCACAGCCAUCUUGGAUAUAGCGUCGCGAGUCGCAACCAUGCCUGGUGAAGCCACAGAAACGGUCCCAGUUACCGAGCAGGAGAUGCAGCAGCCUCAAGUGGAGACUGCUACAUCUCCUGCCCCAGCUUCCUCCCAGCAACCUCAGGCAGCUUCUGGCCCUGCUAAACCUAAAGGCAAAGAUGCCAAGGGUGCACAGGGUUCCUCUGCCCCAAAAGCUGUCCCUGGCAGAAGAAAACGCUCCUCUAUGUCUGCCUCUUCCUCUUCUCCCACCUCACCAAAAGCUACUCCCACUUCUACCCCCCUGUCACCUGUGCCAUCUCCCCUAGCCUCCUCACCUGGUAGCUCUCCUGCUAAUCAGGCUAACCGUUCCACCCCAAAAGUUGUAAAGGCUGGCAAACAAGGAAAAGCCAAGAAAGGAGAGGCAUUUGUGCCUGCUCCUGCGCCCAAGGAGUGCAAGGUCACAGCAGCAAAUGAAAAACCAGUAGAGGCUAACACCAAGCCAGCUGUAGCUGAAGCUAAACCUGCCCCUGCUGAGACAAAUAAACCCUUACCUGCUGCUUCAAAGCCUGUUGCAGCACCACCUGCCUUUAAAGUUACCUCAAAGCCUGCUGUAGCAGCACCAGUUUCAUUUUCAGAUACUCUUGCUUCUAGUCCUCCCAAAUCAUUUGAAGUUAAGGCAGCUCCAUCAAAAGCUGCUCCUGUUACUGCAGCUGCUGAUGAUGAUCUUCCUCCACUUAUCCCACCUGAGAAGCCUGUGUCUGUACCCUCUGUUAAGAAAGAGAGUGCAAAACCUCCUGCUGUUGAGGCUGAUAAAGCAGCUCCUGCUGAAGCUGCUAAAACAGUUUCAAAGGCCAAAGCAGCUUCCACCGAAGCUGCUAAAGCAGCAGCCCCAGCCAUUGUUGAGGCUGUUAAGGCAGCACCACCAAGCAAACCUGCUCCUGUUGAGGCUGCCAAGCCACCCACCAAGGACAAAGCUGUUCGUGCUGAAGCUCCUAAACCAGUUGCUGAGGCCAAACCUGCUCCUGCUGAGGCUGCUAAGCCAGCUGUCAAGGCCAAACCUGCUCCUGCAGAGGCUGCUAAGCCAGCUGUCAAGGCCAAACCUACUCCUGUUGAGGCUGCUAAGCCAGCUGUUGAGGCCAAACCUGCUCCUGUGAAGGCCAAGCCUGCUCCUGUAGAGGCUGCCAAGCCAGCUGUUGAGGCCAAACCUGCACCAGUUGAGGUUGCUAAGCCAGCUGUUGAAGCCAAACCUGCUCCUGUGAAGGCCAAGUCUGCUCCUGUAGAGGCUGCCAAGCCAGCUGUUGAGGCCAAACCUGCACCAGUUGAGGUUGCUAAGCCAGCUGUUGAGGCCAAAUCCUCUCCAGUUGAGGCUGCUAAGCCAGCUGUUGAGGCCAAACCUGCUCCUGUGAAGGCCAAGCCUGCUCCUGCAGAGGCUGCUAAGCCAGCUGUUGAGGCCAAAUCUGCUCCCGUUAAGGCCAAACCUGCUAAAUCUGAGGCUAGUAAGCCAGCGGUUGUGGCUAAACCUGCUGCUGUUGAGGUAACUAAAGCAGGUGCUGAGGCCAAAUCUGUCCCUGAAACUAAAGCUGCUCCUCCUAAGAUUGUAAAACCAGCUGCAGAGGUAAAGUCUGCACCUGUUGAGGUUGUCAAGCCAGCUGCAGAACCUAAAUCAGCUGCUGCUGAGGUAACCAAGCAAGCUCCUGUGAAGGGUGCCAAGCCAGUUACUGAAGCCAAAUUGGUUGACGUUAAGGCAGCACCUGCUGAGGUUGCCAAGCCUGCCAAACCAGCAGCUGAACCUUCAUCUGCUCCCUUAAAACCUGCUUCAGUUGAGCCUGCUGUUCCUGCCCCAGCUCCCCGUAAACUUACAUUUGCUGAGGCAGUUGCAAAACCUGCCCCUGUUAAACCUGAGGCUGAGGUAGUCAGUCCAACUCCUUCUGAACCUGUCUCAUCACCCAAACCUGCCCCCACACCUGCUAAAACACCAGCCAAGGUGGAGCCUGUGAUCAAGAACGACAAGGGAUCUGGCACUGAUUCCGACAGUGAUGACUCAGUUCCUGAGCUGGAGGAACAGGACUCUGCACAGACAACACAGCAAGCUCAGCUUGCAGCAGCUGCUGAGAUAGAUGAGGAACCUGUCAGCAAAGCCAAACAGAGCCGCAGUGAAAAGAAGGCACGGAAGGCAAUGUCAAAGCUUGGCCUCAGGCAGGUAACAGGUGUCACUAGAGUCACAAUUCGCAAGUCAAAGAACAUCUUGUUUGUCAUCACCAAACCAGAUGUCUACAAGAGCCCUGCAUCAGACACAUACAUCGUCUUUGGUGAAGCUAAGAUUGAAGACCUUUCCCAGCAAGCCCAGCUGGCUGCUGCAGAGAAAUUCAAGGUACAGGGAGAAGCUGUAUCAAACAUCCAGGAAAACACACAGACGCCAACAGUACAGGAGGAAAGCGAAGAAGAGGAGGUUGACGAGACCGGAGUUGAGGUCAAGGACAUUGAACUCGUCAUGUCACAAGCCAACGUGUCGCGGGCGAAGGCUGUACGCGCCCUGAAAAACAACAACAAUGACAUUGUCAAUGCUAUUAUGGAGUUGACAAUGUAAUGGGACCCUGUCAACGAAGAGUUGAAGAAAGGUUGCUGAUUUAAUCUAAGCUUGUUUGUACAAUUUAUACCCAAGAUGGAAAUAAAGUUGUGGCUUGAUAAAAUGAAA